CUGUGGGUCAACGUGAUCACUGUGCGCGCUCACGCUGAUAGCGCGCCCUCGCUGCACGCACUGCACGCGCUGCAGGGACCCAGCUGUGGACGAGGGCGGAACAAGGACUGUUGUUGCACUGCAGUCCACGGAGCUGCCGGACUCCAGCACCAGGACCACUCUCCCAGCCCCCAGUGACGGGACCUGCCGAAAGAAGCUAAAAUGCGAAAAUUCCCAAAACAAAGCGAUAUCACUUGGAGGACGAGAUGGAUAUUGUGGAUUUGUUAAAGUGUUGCUGGCAGAGAGAGUGAGGAGACAAAAGAGGGACCAACAACAACCCAGAGGAGCCAUUCUCUCAGGCUCCUGCUAUGGAAUUCAUCUCCAACAACGGAAUAAACCAGUAGGUGGAAAAUGCUGGAGGAUGCUUUCCAAGCGACGAACAAUCAGCACUGAAAGAAAAUAGCUGAGAGCAAGUGGCGGGUUCUUUAAUGCUGCUCCAAUCAUUUGGGCCUCCACCUCCUUGCAGCCCAGGAAGCCUAUAUAAUGUGCCUCCUAUUUAUUUUUAAAUCUUCACUGCCGGUUGCCUCCAAUGCAAAGAAGUCUUAGAAGAAUUCUCUUCGACCCUGUGGGCUAUAGUUGCUAGUCUGGCUUUUCUCCGGUAAUAAAAUGCAAGAAUUGUUUGGAAGGGAUCAUAUGGGAGAGUACAAGACAAUCUUCUGCAGACGAACUGCUCGAUUUCCUCGUUUUCCCAUCCCGCUCUUCCUUCUCCUUUUAUUCAUGGCUCCUCCGGCCAGGGCCAUUCACAUGGAGGCCACGGAGAGCCACAGCGAGUUCAGCUGUGAGCCCAUCCGACUGAGAAUGUGCCAGGAUCUGCCUUACAACACCACCUUCAUGCCCAACCUACUGAACCACUACGACCAGCAGACGGCCGCACUCGCCAUGGAGCCGUUCCAUCCCAUAGUGAACCUGGUGUGCAGUCCAGACUUGAGGAUGUUCCUGUGUGCGCUCUAUGCUCCUGUGUGCGUGGUGUACGGCCAGGUUUCCAUGCCGUGUCGUGGCCUCUGCCAGCAAGCCAAGGACGACUGUCAGAAACUGAUGGACAUAUUUGGACUCACCUGGCCAGAAGACAUGGAGUGCAGCAGGUUUCCAGAGUGCGACGAGCCGUAUCCUCGUCGGGAGGACCUGGAGAAGGACUUUGAGGCCACGGAUGAGUCGUCCAUGACUGUCCAGAGAGACUAUGGUUUCUGGUGCCCCAGAGAGCUGAAGAUGGAUCCAGACUUAGGUUACUCUUUUAUGGGCAGGAAACACUGCUCUGCCCCCUGCCCUUCCAUGUACUUCAGCCAACAGGAUGUCACCUUCAUACGAUACUUCAUCGGGGUCAUCUCCAUUGUUUGUCUCUCCGCUACUUUGUUUACCUUCUUGACCUUCCUCAUUGAUGUCACCAGGUUUAGAUACCCUGAGCGCCCAAUCAUCUUCUAUGCUGUGUGUUACGUCAUGGUGUCACUGGUGUUCUUCAUGGGCUUCCUGCUGGAUGACAGUGUGGCGUGUAACUCUGUCAACCACGCACAGUUCAAAGCUUCAACCGUAACACAGGGCUCACACAAUAAGGCAUGCACCUUGUUUUUCAUGAUCCUCUACUUCUUCACCAUGGCGGGCAGCAUAUGGUGGGUCAUCCUAACCAUCACUUGGUUCCUGGCAGCUGUGCCUAAAUGGGGCAGCGAGGCCAUCGAGAAGAAAGCCCUCCUCUUCCACGCUGUGGCCUGGGGGCUUCCAGGCGGCCUGACGGUCACCCUUUUGGCCCUCAACAAAAUCGAAGGCGACGGGAUCAGUGGAGUGUGUUUUAUAGGACUGUACGACAUUGACGCUCUACGGUGGUUUGUCCUGACCCCGCUAUGCCUCAAUGUGGUGGUGGGUAUCUCUCUUCUCUUGGUGGGCAUUGUGGCUCUGAACCGCGUGCGCAUGGAGAUCCCGCUGGAAAAAGAGAACCAGACCAAACUAGUCAAGUUCAUGAUCAGAAUGGGGGUUUUCUCCGUGCUUUACCUCGUCCCCUUGCUGACCGUGAUUGGCUGCUACGUGUACGAGCACACCUACCGUGCCGUGUGGGAGACCACCUGGAUGGAGGAGAACUGUCGCCGCUAUCACAUCCCCUGUCCUUACAAGGUGGAGCAGAGCAGCCGACCAGCCACGGCCUUGUUCCUGGUGAAAUACCUGAUGAUGCUGGUGGUGGGGAUCCCUUCUGCUUUCUGGGUGGCCAGCAAGAAGACCUGCUUUGAGUGGGCCAGCUUCCUGCAUGGACGCAGACGCAAAAACAGUGGAGUGAACGAGUCCCGCCAGGUGCUGCAGGAGCAGCCAGACUUGGCACAGUCUCUGCUGCGUGAACCUAACACCCCCAUCAUCAGGAAGUCCAGAGGCACGUCCACUCAGGGUACCUCCACUCACGCCUCCUCCACUCACCUUGCUGUCCUUGACGACCUCGACGAGCCCCUCAGAGGUCUCCACUGCCAGCCCACCUCUACCAGGAGCAAAGCAAGCAGCAGCCACAGCAAAGCCAGCUACCAUGGCAGCCUGCGCCGCCCUCGCGAUGACAGGAGCGACAAUGUGGUCUACAGAGGCGUCGAGGAGCGCAGUUUCCACGGCAGCAUGUCGCAUCUUAACCAUCAGCCCUCUAUUCACGGCAGCCUCAAGCACCUUAACGGCAGCCAGAGGAACGUUAGCGAGGCCUCGCCUACGCUCAUCACGCAUGGAUCCACGGCGAGUGACUGCCGGGUUGUGGAGAAUGAAGGCACAAGCGCCUGAGAACUGCAAGUUGUUGUCUAGGAGAUGUUUGGUGGACAUUGGACUCCAGAAGCAGUCACACCAUUAACAUUCCUGCUGUUAACAAUCUAAAUGGCUUUCACUCAUGUGUUAACUUCAUUCAUUUGACUGGAGGCUGAUUGUAACCUCGGAUUUCCACUGGAUGUGUAACACCUGUGGUGUGGAUACUUUUCCAUUCCCGUCAAUGUGUCAGUUUCCACCACCUGUGGAUGUGCGGUGUCUUGCAUCUGGCAGUCCGCAGCCGUAUAAACAAAUAUGCAAAGUUUGUAUUUUGCCAAGCGCCGGACAUAAGCUCCACAAUUUGGCGACAGGAAAACAAAAUAAAGACGGUUGAAUUUCAUAAUAAUAAUGGAUUAGGUUUAUAUAGCACUUUUCUAGACACUCAGUGUUUCACAGAGAAGUGAGAAGCCAUCAUUCAUUUACACCUGGUGGUGGGAAGCUACUUUCAUAGUCACACCUGCCCUGGGGUAGACUGACAGAAGCGUGGCUGCCAGUUUGCGCCUACGGUCCCUCCAAACACCACCUAUCAUUCAUUCACCAGUGUGAGCGGCACUGGGGGCAAGGGUGAAGUGUCCUGCCCAAGGACACAACGGCAGCGAUUUGGAUGUCAAGAGGCGGGGAGCGAACAUGCAAGCCUCAGGUUUCUGUCGCGGCUGCUGUACCCACUACAACAUGCCCCAAUAAAAAGCUCUGUUUCAUAAUUGAAGCACAAAAAACAUGACAAAAGGAUACAUCCAGGCAAGUUCACCCUCUUCUCCAGUUAGACCAUUUGCCUGUUUGUUGGUGAGUUUAUCCCACAUACACAGUUUUUCGCGUCAUUUCACUGACAGAACUUGUCAGUGAAUUCACUCCACCUGUCCGAUGGAGCCGCACAGUCGCAGCGUUACACAUCAAGUGGAAAUCCUGUGUUAUUUGUACAUGGACCUAAUGUGAAACAAUGGACCUCUUUGUCUUUUAGUGGAAAUAUUUUUAUACUGUGAGCUGUUUGUGUUUGUAUGGCUGAGAGGAUUUAAACACCUGUAAAUAACUAAACAAUGAUGGCCCAACACUAUUUAGCACUGAUUGUUUUUGCACUGAUAAGUCCUAUUCAUUCCACAGUAUUAUGUUAUAGUUUUGUCAUCUCCCUACUGUGUGUAUAAUUAAAAAAGGGCAUACUAGUUAAUUACCUUUAACUUUUACAGGUAUACUUAUGUACUUAAUCCUGUGGUUUAAAUGUUACAUUUUCUCUUGUAAAUAUGACAAGUUUUAUGUGAACCUACCUCGCCUGUAAGAUCAGCCGCCUCUGCUCCUAUCAAGCCUCUUUCUUUUCGUAACUGCUUUCAAUUGUUUAUCCUCUCUAAGAGCUAAUCUUGCUUUCUGCCUCUCCUGCCUUUUGUGUUGAACGCUGCAAGAAGUUUGUAAGCACAACAUGGACAGUCAACAUUAAUUUAUUUCACAUCACAUUUACAGUAUGUGAGGUAAUGGGCCAUCAUAAUUGUAAAAAAAAAAACAGAAGUUUUUGUGUUUUAAUUUAUUUGCAGUUGGAAAUUGCAUUAACUUUUACAUACAUUCUAAUAAAUUUUGUAUGGACUUUAAUAA